AUGAGAUGUGCAGAGUGUGAAAUUAAUAAACUUUCUAAAGAAUUUCCCUCUGAUACUAUUUCAAAACAAUGUAAACAUAUUCCGACUUGGUGCUGUUUAGAAAAACAUGAUAAUAAAGAUGGUCCAUUAUGUCCUCAAUGCAAUGUUAUGCUCACACAAAAAGAAUUAGAAGCUUUAAAAAUUACUUGGGAAAAAGCUCCGUUUUUGGUUGAAAUUCCACAUUUAAAUAACGCUAAAAAUAACAAAGAAGUGGCUGAAGAAAAAGGAGAGUUUUAUGUUGCAUUAUUGAACGGUCAAAAGUAUCCAAUUAGAUUUGAACAAGUUAAAACCGUUAGAGCAUUGAAACAAGCAUUAGUACAAAAAAUUGGUGUUGAAAGUAGAAAGCAAAAAUUGAUAUUUGAGGGCGUUGAAUUAAAAGAUGCCAAAGCAAGAGGCGGUGGUGAAAUGAGACUUGUUGAGUAUGGCGUCCGUGAGGGAAGUCAUAUUCAACUCAUUGUCGUUCUAUACUCCAUUACAAAAGAUGUAUCAAUCGCAAAUCUAUCGUUUAAUUUACAUUGGGGAUUCCCGGUAACAGGACAAGAUUUUCUUGAUGGAACUUGUUUAAUUUAUGCUGGUAGAGAGCUUUGGAAGACGUAUGAUUAUGCUCAUCAAUUUUACCCUAGCAUACCCUAUAUCAGGCAUUCUGGAGAUAUUAUCGAUAAUGCGAACCGGCGAGGCAACCAUAUAAUUACAAUCAAAUUAGACCAAUUACCUCCAGAAAUUACUAAACUUUAUUUUAUCCUCAGCGCAUGGGAAUGUCCAAAUAUUGGUCAUUUCAGAGAUCCAAGCUUUUUACUAUUUGAUGAAGAUUCACCAGAAAAAGAGCAAUUAUGUGAUUAUGCAAUUCAAACAGCUGCAACUUCGCAAGCUGUGAUAAUGUGUUACGUUUCAAGGUCAAUAGAUGAUACUUGGGAAGUUAUCCCUGUUGGUCGUCUAUCUAAUGGAAAUGCUACGGAUUAUACUCCUAUUGAAAUUUCUAUUAGAGAAUUAGAAGGGAAUAUUGGCCAAUAG